GGGAAGCAGCAGGUCAUUUGCAUUUAAAGAGACACACACAAAACAGCGCUUUUACCUGCACACCCACCCAAAAAUGGGUCUUUUCAACAUGGCAUAUUAAAUGAUCUAGACCUGAAACUUCACAGGUCAUUCUGGAGACUUAUAUUACAUCCUGAAAAAUUACCACAUUAGGUGACCUUUAAAACGGGAAGUGUGUGUCAUGAAUGGACACGACACUUAAAAUCCAAAUUUUGCAUAUUUUUGAGGGACCAGGAACUCAGUUUCCUAUUUUUUAGUAGGUAAAAUAAAGUUAAAAUAUGUAAAAAAUGAUGCGUUUUUUUUUAGCGAAGCAUAUACCGUGCACCAAUCAAACAGCGGGUUUAUCAUCCCUUUAUGAAACUUAAAAUUCAACCUGCUGUUUGGUUGAUUUCCAGCUAGAUUCUAAUGGAUAUUUCUGGUCUAAACUGUAUUUGGGCAGCUGUUCAGGAGAGCUGCAACUUAUAAACGUUCAAAAUCACUUUCAUGCACGGUAGAGCCAUAAAGCGGUCAUAAUGCUCUUCCGCUAAUGCAUAACAACCUAAGAGCAUGUUAAGUAGAUUGAAGCCCUCAUGUUGGGAUUCCUUAUGAUAGCUUUCAUAGAUGUUUUGCAUGCUGAGGAUAGACAUUACUACAGACGUUUAUAUUUGGACCAUAGUCCAUAGCAUUUAGAAUUUUUAGCAACUUUUAAUAACUUGCAAUUGGCUUGUGAUAAUUAUUACAUGAUACUAUAUAAUCUCUAACAAUUCAGUAUUGCAUGUUUAAAAAAAGAGUAAUUUUUAUGUAUAGCCACUGGUUUGCAUGCAUAUAUGUUAUAUAAUGUUUAACUUUAAAGUGUUGCUGUUGUCUUUAUAGUGUUAUGCAGAUAAUAAUGAUAAAGCAAAAUGUUACUUUGUAUCAAAUGAGAGAUGAGUGGGUGAAAGAAUGGCAGGAGAAAGGAGCCGCUGACCUGACCUGCUAAUAAAAAUGCUCACUUAUUAUGGCUGGCUCAUCAUUGUGCAUUAUUGCUAUAGAGAGAGAAGAGGGAGUGUCCAUGUUGUGAGAUGAGAUUCGCUCUGUACUUCUUAUGGAGGAUAAGGUCUGGGGAUGACCACGACUCGCUUGUCUUUGGAGACCAAAGCCACAAGAGGUUUCUAUCUGGUUGUUAUGGAUUUACAUAUAUGAGGACAUAACUUUGGGAUUUUCAAAUAGUGAUUUUUCAAUGUGUUUAUAUUUUUUUGCGAAAGCAAAACUUUGUGGUUAACAAUUAAGUUUGAUGUCUAUCCGCAUCAGUCAGUGGUUUUAGUGUUUUAGGAAUCGCUUCGGGAAUGGACCCUGGAAUUUUGAGGAACUUGUUGCUAUAGAGUAAUCGGAAGAAACAUUGUCCAAACAAAAUGAUGAAAACACAAAGAAAAAAAUUGCUCUGAAAAUCGCUUACUGAAAUUCAGCAUGACCUCUUGACCUUAUCCGAAAGAAAUUCGGUAACUUCCAACGAUGGCCAUUCAGGGCAUGGAAUUGUUUGCAGUAGCUGUAGUGAUGCUCCUGUUUUUUAUAAUGCUUAAACAGUUUGGCAUCUGGGAGCCACUGGGAUUGGAUGAGAGUUUUGACUGUGAUCUGGAGUUGUCCAUGGUGAGACAUCAGCCCGAGGGUCUCGACCAGUUGCAGGCUCAGACCAAGUUCACAAGGAAGGAGCUUCAGUCGCUCUACAGAGGCUUUAAAAACGAGUGUCCCAGUGGAUUGGUGGAUGAGGAGACUUUUAAAUCGAUCUAUUCCCAGUUCUUCCCUCAAGGAGAUGCAACCACAUAUGCACAUUUCCUUUUCAAUGCAUUCGACAUGGACCGAAAUGGCUCGAUCAAUUUUGAGGACUUUGUAAUUGGCCUCUCUGUUCUACUUCGAGGCUCUGUGACAGAGAAACUGAGAUGGGCCUUUAACCUGUACGAUAUAAACAAAGAUGGAUACAUCACCAGAGAAGAAAUGCUGGCUAUCAUAAAGUCUAUUUAUGAUAUGAUGGGCAGCUACACGUAUCCUAGUGUAAGAGAGUAUGCUGCAUUUGAACAUGUGGAGAUAUUCUUCCAGAAGAUGGACCGAAAUCGAGAUGGCCUGGUGACUAUUGAUGAAUUCAUAGAGACAUGUCAGAGGGACGAGAACAUUAUGAGCUCCAUGCAGCUGUUUGAGAAUGUCAUCUAAAGCUCUGCGUGAAGUCUGGGAAUGAUCCUUGUUUCUUUUCCACAUCAGAUCUCAGCAUCGCUCUAUUAUUCCUCAACUGCUCCACAGGGACUCUUCAGAUUUGUUCCUAACACAUCGUCUGUUGCAUGUGCAUUCAACUUUGAUUGAUCGUAUUGAAUGUUAUAUGAGACAUCUGCGAAUAUGUUUCCGCUGAUUCUUAAAGCUAUAAUCUGUAACUGUUUGCUUUAAAAAUAAAAAUAAAAUAUUGAAAAGCUCAGAUGCAAAACCCUCUUUGUCUGCUUUUAUAUCAGAUUCUUAAUGGAUUCUGACAACAAAAUGGUAUUUCUGAAAGACCUGAGGCUAGGAUUACGUGUAUGUGAAUCGAAAGGAUUUGAUGAACGUAUAAUACGUGCCGAGAGCAUUCAGUUAAUUUCAUUAUCUCAUGUGGUGCUAAGCGGCUUUUGCAUCUGAGCUCCUCAAUUAAUGAGCAACUUCAUUAACAAUCAGUGUUGAGUCUCAUUACCUUACCAUGAUUCACAAUGGUAAGUUUAUAUUAAUAAUGAUUUAUAAUUUGAUCUGUUGGGUCGUAUAAAGAGGCAAAAGAUACAGAUUGCAGCUUUAAAGGGACACUUCACAAUUAGAUUUUUAACCGUUGUGGAAUCCAUUCAGCUGAUCUCCGAGUCUGGCGGUACCACUUUUAGCAUAG